CACCGGCGCCCUGCGGCCCGCCCCCCGAGGGCGCGGCUCUCCGUCUGUCGGCGUCUUGCCUCCUCCAUCGCCCGCCUGCCGGGCCGCUGGAAGCCGCGCGGCGGGAGUGGAGCCGCUUUUCUGCCGGGCCGCGCGAGCCGGCAGUGAUCAUGAUUCCUGGUGCUCAGCACGAAGGAGGAACCACUUCCCUGCUGGGGCAGAGCUGGAGUCGGAGCACCCAGCCCCAUCUCUUCUCUGCUCAGCUUGACUCUCCUGGAAUGGACCUGCCUGCCAGGAAGCCAGGUCACCCCUCGUCCUGGCCUUGCCUGCCUCCCGGGGAACACAGGACCUGGGGCUAAAAGGAAGACGACUUUGUGAAGUGGAGCUCAGGGGAUCCAUUGGCUUCACUGGGGUGAAGGCUGCCAGAGUGCUCGUGAGGUCUGAAGGCCACGGGCAACCAGGGAGCAGGAGGAGAGCCCAGACAGAAGCAACUACUGAGUGCUUGCUGUGUGCGGGAGGGGACCCCGAGACUGGGCCAGGAAGUACCACCUGCCGACCACCAAAUGAUGUGGCCCAGGCAGUGGCGGUGAGGCGGUGACAGCAGCAUUUGUGAAAAAGGAUGCCCCAGGGCCUGGAGCGUGCGGAGGGCUGCUGGGCCUGGGUAGUGCUGCUGGCCUCCCUGGUGACCCAGGGCCUCACCCUGGGCUUCCCCACAUGCAUGGGCAUCUUCUUCACUGAACUGCAGCAUGAGUUCCAGGCCAGCAACAGUGAGACCUCCUGGUUCCCCUCCAUCCUGACAGCGAUGCUCCAUACUGGGGGACCCCUGUGCAGCAUCCUGGUGGGACGCUUUGGCUGCAGAGUGGCCGUGAUGCUGGGGGGCGCCCUGGCCAGCCUGGGCAUGGUGGCCGGCUCCUUCUGCCGCAGCCUUAGCCAGCUCUACCUCACGGCAGGAUUCAUCACAGGCCUGGGCAUGUGCUUCAGCUUCCAGUCGAGCAUCACGGUGCUGGGCUUCUACUUCUCUCGCCAUCGGGCACUGGCCAACGCGCUGGCUUCAGUGGGCGUCUCGCUGGGCAUCACGCUCUGGCCACUGCUCUCCCGCUACCUCCUGGAGCACCUGGGCUGGAGAGGCACUUUCCUCAUCUUUGGCGGAGUCUUCCUCCACUGCUGUGUCUGCGGGGCCAUCAUGAGGCCCGUGGCCCCCAGCGCAGCCCCUGCCACCACAGAAGGCCCCCCUCCGCCUUCCAAGACACCUGGCUGCCUGGCAGCAUGUGGCGCGGCCAUCCAGCGCCACCUGGCUUUUGACAUCCUGCGGCACAAUGCAGGCUACCGAGUGUUCACGCUGGGCGUUAUGUGGAUGAUCCUGGGCUUCCCGCUGCCUCACGUCUUCCUGGUGCCGUAUGCCAUGCGGCACGGGGUGGAUGAGCACAAGGCAGCCCUGCUCAUCUCCAUCAUUGGCUUUAGCAACAUCUUCCUGCGGCCCAUGGCUGGGCUGCUGGCAGGCCGCCCGGACUUUGCCAGCCACCGAAAGUACCUGUUCAGCCUGGCAGCCCUGCUCAACGGCCUCACCAACCUUGUGUGUGCAGUGUCGGCAGACUUCCGGGUGUUGGUGGUCUACUGCUUGGUGUACAGCGUGUCCUUGAGUGGCAUUGGUGCCCUCCUCUUCCAGGUGCUCAUGGACAUUGUGCCCAUGGAUCGGUUCUCCAGUGCCCUGGGCCUCUUCACCAUCCUGGAGGGCAUCUCUAUCCUCAUCUCCCCGCCACUGGCUGGGCUCCUCCUGGACGCCACCAACAACUUUAGCUACGUCUUCUACAUGUCAAGCUUCUUCCUCAUAACAGCUGCCCUCUUCAUGGGUGGCAGCUUCUGUGUCCUGCAGAAGAAGGAGAGGCGAGGCAGGCUGGCCGAGGCCGAAAGGGCCAUUCUAGAGGCUGCCUCAGAGCGAGGCCUCACGGUGGAAGACUCCCAUGGCUCCAAGAAGCAGGUGUACACCGAGAUCACAUAUGUGACCAGCGUCUGAGCCCCGGGAUCAUGUGCGUGACCAGCGGCUGAGCCCUCAAGGUCUUGUGUGUGACCAGCGGCUGAGCCUCGUGAUUGGUGAGUGACCAUGGCCUCAGCCCAGGGAUGUGGUAUCCUGCUGCCACAGGCUGAGGUGAAGGGCUGCCCAGGAAGCCUGAACCAAAAGCCAUCCAGGCUCUGCACAUUGGGACUCAGCCAGGAGCUGGGACUUUGGAGGCUGGCCCCCAAAGACUCAGGGUUCUUUCCAACCAGCAGAAUCCAGGAGCGGGUCCUCCUGACCUUUCUCAGUGGGUACCAGAGCGAGUCUAAACCGUCCUCAGCUCAGCUGGCUGCCCAGUCCUGCUGCUGCAACUCAGCACACUAGACCCUCCAGCCUAGCCUGGAUGUCUGAUGUGAUCUCUUUGUCCUUCUCUGGCCUCCAGACUGUUCCAAAGAGCCCACCCUACCUCUGAAGCCCUCCUGCCCCAUUUCUUCCCAAGUGCCCCAGCCUUUGCCUUAGGGCUACCCACAGCACAGGGUCCUGGGGCUCAUGCUUACUGAAACCUUGGGAAGAAGAAACUCAUGUGCUAAUGAGUUAUGGCCGAUAGCGGAGAGCCAGGCUGAGGGGUUGGCCUGGACGCAGGCUCUGGACAGACGAAAUGUUGGGCAGAAGAGCCAGCCUGGUGUCUGAGCAAAGAACAGAGGGGAGCCCUUCCUUGGCUUGAGUCCUAGAAUCAGUGAAAUAUGAGGGGUUCCCUGCACACUGAGCAGGGCCUGCUCUAGGGUCUCCCUCUCUUGCCCUCUCCUUCCCCCCUACCCCCAAAUCUUGGCCAUGAAGAUUAGCACUGGGGUAGGGGGAAGGCUGACAUUUGACUGAGCAGGGGAGGGGAAGGAUUGCCAGGCGGGGCCCUGUGAAGACGGGGCUGCUUUUGCAACAGAAGCCCCUUUACUCCCCUCCUGGCCUAUUCUCUGUACUGCGACAGAGGUGUCCACCCCGCUCCCCGUUGGCCUGUGCCUGUGGCACAGAAGUCAGUGCUCCCCACGCACACAUUCUUUUUUUGCUGGUACCAGUUCCUGAGGUCAUCACUUGGGGGCUAGCUGUCAUCAGUCCAAACUUGUCCCAGCAGGGUACUAGCCGAGGCAAUGGGAAAACAGAGUUUGUUUGAAUUACACACAAAAACGUUCCUGCAGUAGGUUAUUAUAACUUCCGUGAACCAAAGAAGCUGGAGAACAGGCUGUAAGUCACACACCCCCCCCUUCGGUUCUCCCUGCUCAGCAGGGGGUCCGCUCUGACCCAAGUCCUUGUUUGUUGACUCAGGCUCAACCAGGCUCCAACAAAGAAAGCCUUAUCUGGAAAAUAAAUUUUAUUUUCGUGACCUGA